AAUGUAUUCUCACGACGUCGUCGCACAAGAAAUAUACGGUGAAGACGCUGUUCGAGUUACUCCACCCCCAGUUACUUCCUUCCUAAACGGCCAAACUCCCGGCGCUGAACAUUCCUCUUCACCAGACACUGUUCCUCCUCCAACUAUUCCGGAAAUGGAGAAUGUUACACGUGUCCGUUUAGUUCAGUUCCAAAAGAAUACGGAAGAGCCAAUGGGCAUUACCUUGAAAAUGAACGAAGAAGAAAAAUGCCUGGUUGCGCGUAUUAUGCAUGGUGGUAUGAUACAUAGACAGGGUACAUUACAUGUUGGCGACGAAAUAAGAGAGAUAAAUGGUGUUGGCGUAGCUAAACAAUCUGUCGAGGUCCUGCAGAAGAUGUUGAGGGACGCAAGAGGUUCCAUAACCCUCAAAAUUGUGCCCAGCUAUCGUAAUCAGCCCGUCCAAUGCGAAAUAUUCGUUAGGGCUUUGUUUGAGUAUGAUCCAUCGGACGACGAUCUUAUACCAUGUUCCCAGGCCGGAGUCGCUUUCAAAAUAGGCGAUAUUCUACAAGUAAUUUCCAAAGAUGAUCAUAAUUGGUGGCAAGCAAAGGGAUGGGGUAGAUCUUUUAGCGAAGCCGCCGGUUUAAUCCCAUCUCCAGAAUUACAGGAAUGGCGAACAGCGUGUACUGCAAUGGACAAAGCAAAGCAUGACCAGGCUCUAAAUUGCUCCUGGUGGAAUAAAAAGAAGAAAACGUUCAGGGAUAAGUAUUUGGCAAAGCAUAAUGCUAUUUUCGACCAACUCGACCUAGUUACAUAUGAAGAAGUCGUUAGACUACCUGCUUUUAUGCGGAAAACUUUGGUUCUUCUAGGAGCUCAUGGAGUUGGUCGACGACACAUUAAAAAUACAUUAAUCACAAGUCACCCGGAAAGGUUCGCCUAUCCAAUACCCCAUACAACUAGGCCACCAAAAAAAGAUGAAAUAAAUGGAAAGAAUUACUUCUUUGUCAGUCAUGAACAAAUGAUGACUGAUAUAGCUGCAAAUGAGUAUUUGGAAUAUGGUACACACGAGGAUGCAAUGUAUGGAACCAAAAUCGAGACCAUAAGACAAAUCCACGAACAAGGACUAAUAGCAAUCUUGGAUGUUGAACCACAGAGUAAUAGGCAAAGUAUGUACAACUUAUAG